AUGCUAACUCUGCAUCAAGAUCCCAGGAGUAAGGCGGAUGCCCUCGCCAAAGAAUUGAUAGAGGUGGUUGACGAAUAUGCCGAGGUCGGUAGGCCCGAAAAUAGCGUCGACAUCCGGGUGACUGGGCUGGAUGAGUCCAUCACCCUGGAGGAGCUCCGGGAGGUGGUAGCUAGAAAGGGGGGCUGCUCCACCCGGGAGGUGACGGCGGGGGGAGGGAACCCCGGGCCGGGAGGCAUGGGAGGGACACUCGUCUGA